AUGACCCAUAGCCUCAGCUGCAAAGCUGAUUUUGUCCCAGAAAGCCCUAUGCCGCGGCAGUGCUCGCCCAGCUUCGACCAAGCGCUGGAGACGAGCGUCAAGGCUUCCACUCAAAAUCAGGGCUCCGAGAAGGUCCACAAUGAGCACACCAGCCCAACUACGGAACCAACAGGUCCAGAGCUCACUCACGGAAAGCCAGUACGCAGAGGCAAGCGACGUGAUGCAUCAACAUCGGAGGCGAAGCAGAGGAAAGGGGUAGUCGCUGAGAAGGCGGAGCGCUCUCCUCUGAGUCCAGGCCUUGUCACACGUGCCAGCCGCAAGCAAGAGAAUAAGAAGCUCAUGGAGCGCUACGAGGACACCAUGUUGAUGGACAUGCACAAGGUCGAGAAGGUUACCGCAGCGUCCCAGAGGGUCGCAAUGAGCAUGGCCAGCGGGGAAUCCAAGCCGACCACGCCCAAGUGGUCGGGACGUGUCAUGUGUAUUCGCAUGACGCCGCAGCACUUCAGCCCCUUGGGAACCAUCUUCCGCGAUGUGCGCGUGAGCUUCUUGCCCAGGAACUUCGUCAUCCAAGCUGUUGACUGCGAAGGCUAUGUAUGGACAGCUCGUUCGUCCAUGCUGCCGGGGUACCUGGCUGUGGAUCGCUGCAAGUACAAGAUCAAUCCGCUUGGCAAGGAUGUGCUCAUCACCCUUUGCGCCGCGGACAAGGAUCAGUCUUGGAAGGGCCUGGGACGUCUUCAGCUGUUCCGACCAUACGAGAUUGAGGAGCUUGAGCAAGUAUGUGGCAACAAGAGCAACUUCAUCUAG